CCCCCCACACACACACACACACACUACUGGCAGCCACAGAGGUGGCCGGACUGGGAGAUGAGAUCCAAUAUCCAGCCCAAGAUGGGAGCCUCGGUCCAGUGAAGGGGAGAGACUGAGCCUCAGGCCUGGACCAGUCAUUGGGCAAAAACCACUGGAAGGAUGACAAGUUAUCUCCCCUGGCCUAGGACCCACAGCGCUCCCUUCCUUUAACUCUGGCUCUCCUCUAAGGUCUCUCCCCAUUAUGGAGUUCCCCAGGACAGGGACCUAGCCAGAAACAGGCAGUGUUCCCCCUUGAGUGGAUGGAAUGUUUGUUAACCUGUUCUCAAGCCCAUUCAACCAUCACCCUCUAGCUUUCUCACCCUCUUUUUUAUCCAAGUGACUCUCUUCCUUUCCAGCCCAUCCCCACUCUUUUGUCUUGGUUUUCUGGUCCUGCCUCCCCAUGGCCUCCCACCCCCACCAUCCUUCCAGCUAUCCCAGUACCCGGCUUCCUAAUCUUAGGAAGCAUCUCUUCUUAUUGAACUGGAGAAUUCUGGGAUCUGGGCCAUACUCUAGCAGACAACCCCACCCUCAAAGGAGGCACAGGAUAGAGCCUGAGGAAGAACAGGGGGAGGGGACAUAAGAUCAGGCCAGGAGGUCCCUGAGGAUAGGAACUAUGGGGGGACAGGGACUCUGGGAAGGUACAGGAGCUAGAGCUAGGGCCAAAGGAAGAAAGGGGCCAACAGAGAGGUAUUUGCCAGGGAGGUUUAGCAGCUGUCUUUCCUAAGACAGGGACACAUGGGCCUGGUUAUUUCUCUUGUCACAUGUGUAGUUGUAGGAAUGGAAGAGGUCAAUAGGGCAAGCAAAGUCAGGCAUAGGCACAGAGGCAAGUGGGUUUAGCUGCCCAGGUCCCUGGGACCCAGCAGAAGGACACCUGGGCCCAGUCUUAACCAAACACAUAACCCCUCACUUUCCAGCCCCCUCCAACUAUCCAUACCCCUUUCCCACAACAUGGUCAUUCUCUAAUAUAGGCAACACCCAAAUUACCACUUGGAAAAGGGAAAUGCCAGCAAAGGGACUCCUUUUGGGGAAGGGGGGGUUAUGGAAAAGAAAAGUAGGACAGCAAGAAUACUGUUGGAUUUCUGCAGCAGGUAUAGUAUCCAGGGAAAAGAAAUUUGGAGAGCCCAGAACUGAAGCCCCAUCAAUCUAAAACAAGAUCUCUCUGCCUCUUUCCUAGGGACAAAUGUACUCUGCUAGCUUUCAACUGGACAAAACCUCUGCUCCUCUCUCAUGUCUCCCUCAGCCAGGUCCUGAGUUCUAGGAAAAGUCAGAUCCCUCUAUGCAAAUCCUCUGUGGAGUAUGUGGGUGGAGAAGCUGGGCACCAUUCAUGGACCACAGUCCAGGCAGGGGCUCCAGGUCCAGUGCAGUAGGAAAAGGCGUCAUUUCCGGGGCCUUUGCUAGGGCUUGGUGGCUCUCUGCUCUCUGAUUGGGCCAAAGUGGCCUGGGCAGGCGUGUGACCCCACUGCCGGUGAAGGGUCUGUGCCCAACACGUAUCUUCCUACUUAUCUGCUCCCCAGAGUGUGGCCUGCUGUACACCUGGAGCUCUUCUCCACCUGCUUAAGGUUCUGAAUCCUGGGACUGAGGACCAAAGCAUGAGAAGGAUACAGUCCAGACCCUCUUCCCUUGGCCCACCUGUGCCCUACCCCACUCUGUGCAGAAGUGCAAGAGCUCAAGCCGCCUCCAUGGCCCCAGGAAAGAUUCAGGGGAGAGGCCCCAUUCAGGGAGCCACUCCAGCCAGACACCCUGGCCAGAAUGGAGCUGACUGAUUUGCUCCUCGUGGUCACACUUCUCCUUACUACAAGACUAACUCUGUGCAGCCCGGCUCCUCCUGCCUGUGACCCUCGACUUCUAAAUAAACUGCUCCGUGACUCCCAUGUCCUUCACAGCCAACUGGUGAGAAUUCCGAAGCGCUAUGCCUUAACUGAUAAGAGCCAGUGCCCAGACAUCAGUCCUUUGUCCACACCUGUCCUGUUGCCUGCUGUGGACUUUAGCCUGGGAGAAUGGAAAUCUCAGACGGAGCAGACCAAGGCACAGGACGUUCUAGGGGCAGUGACCCUACUACUGGAGGGAGUAAUGGCAGCCCGAGGACAGGUAGAACCCACCUGCCUUUCAUCUCUCCUGGGACAGCUUUCUGGGCAGGUCCGCCUCCUCCUGGGGGCCUUGCGGGGCCUUCUUGGAACCCAGCUUCCUCCACAGGGCAGGACCACAGCUCACAAGGAUCCCAAUGCCAUCUUCCUGAGCUUCCAACAACUGCUCCGAGGAAAGGUGCGUUUCCUGCUGCUUGUAGAAGGUCCCACCCUCUGUGUCAGGCGGGCCCUGCCCACCACAGCUAUCCCAAGCAGUACCUCCUUACUCCUCACACUGAACAAGCUCCCAAACAGGACUUCUGGAUUGUUGGAGAUGAACUUCAAUGUCUCAGCCAAAACUACUGGCCCUGGACUUCUGAACAGGCUGCAAGAAUUCAGAGCCAAGACUGUUCCUGGUCAACUGAAUCAAACUUCCAGGUCCCCCGACCAAAUCCCCGGAUACUGGAACAGGGCACAUGGACCCUUGAAUGGAACUCAUGGACUCUUUGCUGGAGCCUCACCCCAGACCCUCAAAGUCCCAGACAUUCCACCAGGAGCUUUGAACACAGGCUCCCUGCCAUUCAACUUCCAGCCUGGAUCUCCUCCUUCCCCAACCCAUCCUCCUGCUGGACAGUACACACUCUCCCCUUCUUUACCCACCUCGUCCACCCUUGGGACUCCACCCCAGCUCCACCCUCUGGUUCCUGAUCCUGCCACCAAAGUGCAUAACUCUACCAGCCCUCGUCCAAUCACAGUGUACUCUCAUUCCCAGAAUUUGUCUCAGGAAGCAUAAGGCACACAGGCACAGGCAGCAUCUGCAGCAUCUCUCAGGCACAGACUUCUCCCCUGGGAGACAAAUGCAGCUAUUCAGCUGAGACCCAAAUCCCUGGGACAGGAAAAGAAUUUUUUUUUUCUGUAUAACAUAAAAUUUCAGGAACUAUUUUUUUAAAAACCUAUCAACAAUAUUUAUCAGGCAGCUACUUAUCUUUGGCCUAUUUUCUGCAUAAAUUUGCAAAUCACUAAUUCUCUAUCUGCUCUUUUUCAUACAAUAAUUCUGCAAAGGCCUAGACUUGCCCAGCCUUUGAACAGAGGUAGAGACUAACAUUAUAUAAGAAAACAAAAAAGUUAGUUUACUUUGACUGUCUGCAUUCCCUUCCGUACAAUUCUCAGUGAAGCUGUUUGGUUCUCUAUUCUUAAAGCAAUACUACUCUUGACAAAUGAGUAAUAGUAAUAGGUUAUCUCUUAGAAAGGCUGUCCAGAGAGAGAGAGAGAGAACAGCCUAUAAAAUAAAUGAAGGAAAGAUAUCCUUCACAGGGGCAAUAGACCUGGACCCUACCUCACAAGAAGCUAACAGGAAGCCUGCAGAGUCCCACACCCAGGUAAGACUGGGCAGACUGUCAGUGAAGACAAGACCUGGAUGUGACUGACAGCUGAGCAAACAGCUCAGUCUAUCAGCAGCUCAGCAGGAGCCUCUCCAGGCCUGGGCUCCUGCUUCCCUCCUGUGGAGGUCAGAGGGAAGUGCAGGAAGUGGCAAGAGUCAGAAUCCAUAGUUGACACAGCAGGAGGACAAGCACAAAGCAAGCAGUACAAGGCUCUCUCUAAUUCCCACAAGUGCAUCUAAAAAGCAGCCCUGUGUGACUACCUUAAACUCCACUAGGGGACCCCUAAAAUGAAAGUUUCUGGGAUCUGCAAAUAAGUGCUUGUUGAUGCUGGUUUAUGUUGCACAGAAACAAAAGCUAUAUUGCCACGGGGUGUGGUGGCUCACACCUUUAAUCCCAGCACAGAGGAGGCAAAGGCAGGAGGAUCUACACAGAAUUCCAAGCAAGCUGGAGUUGCACGGAGACCCCGUCUCAAAAACAACAAACAGAGCCAGGCGCGGUGGCAUACACCUUUAAUCCAGCACUUGGGAG